UCGGGACUCCAGCCGGCCGCACGUAACACCGCUACGCGGCACACGCUACGAACUUCUACGUACUACGCGCGAUAUGAUGCCGCGCAAAGUGUGAAGUUUCUCCCAAAGUUGCGAUGUCAAUUGAAUGAUGUCGUUAGGAAAACUUUUGUUCUACGUACAUUUUGGACUUGUCUUCCAUGUAGUGAUUUGCUUUAAGGACACUGUUGAAGUUCCACGCUUUGAAGAUAGCCUUAACAAUUUAACAGUGUCGUUGGGGAGAGAAGCCGUCUUCACUUGUGUCGUCAAUGACCUCGGCUCUUACCGGGUGGCGUGGCUACGCGUGGACACGCAGACGAUCCUGACGAUAGCCACGCACGUUAUCACCAAGAAUCACAGGAUCGCUGUGAACCACAGCGAUCGUCGCGUGUGGUUCCUUCACAUCCACGACGUGAGACAGUCAGACCGCGGAUGGUAUAUGUGCCAGCUCAACACAGACCCAAUGAAAAGCCAAACGGCUUACCUAGAUGUUGUAGUGCCACCUGAUAUUCUGGACUACCCGACCAGUAGUGACCAGGUAGCGAGAGAAGGUGCCAACGUUACGCUGCGUUGUGCCGCGCAUGGAGUGCCAACGCCAACCGUGGUGUGGCGACGGGAGGCCGGAGACCUCCUGCCUACUACUAAUUUCAGCGAUACACAGAAUACUUCUGUGAGUGGCGCAGUGCUUCAUCUAGUGAAGGUGUCUCGUCUUCACAUGGGACCGUACCUCUGCAUCGCCAGCAACGGAGUCCCGCCUUCCGUCAGCAAGCGAGUAAUGCUGGUUGUACAUUUUCCGCCGAUAAUGACGAUACAAAACCAACUAGUUGGGGCCAAAGAAGGCGACAUGGUACACCUCGAUUGCCAUUCAGAAGCAUUUCCAAGGUCCAUCAAUUAUUGGACGAUAAAUGAUCAAAUAAUUUCACAGUCAGACAAAAAGUUCGAGAUCACCGCCAUAGAGCGAGGAUACGAAGUAGAUAUGCGGCUGAAAAUAAAGAAAGUCGGCCGAUCCACCUUCGGCACUUAUAGCUGCAUAUCAAAGAAUUCCCUUGGAGACACAGACGGGACUAUCAAACUCUACUCAUUAUCCGGAAAAUUCGAGGAGAUGCAGUACAACGAGGUCAGCGAUUUCGAUGAGACACCUGACGUCAGUGAAUUGGAAGCACUCAAGCGCAGCUUCUCGGCACAUGUCUCCUUCGGCAGUGCGCGCACACCUUUAAUGUUGUUAGUCGCGUUAUAUGCCAUCGUUGCAUUAUAAUUGUACCCAAACUUUGUAUA